AUGAAUAUUGAUUCUCCUACCACGAAUCCCGUCAAGCGGCUCUCGGGUCGAUUGUUCCCGUCCUCUGUGCCACCUUCGACUAAGGCGCAAGAUCCUCGGCUUGCCGGUACAGCUAGGCAUUUCAUUGAUCCUCAAUCUUCAAACGCCCAAAAAGUACACCCCAUCACUCCCGCAAAGCCUGCCUUAGCCACGAGACCUUCUACAAACUCGCUCCCACAAGUGCCUCCACUGUCGAUCCCGAACAGCGCCCCGGGCUCUAAGUCCGCAGAAAGCCAAAGUGCGCCUAAUCAGCACAGUGCAUCUUUUAUCUCCGAUUUAGUCAAUUCAUUGAUCAAAUUGAACAAGGGCGAGGAAGAAAAAGAGAGACUUCAAAAGGAGAUAGCUUCUAUCAACAAAAACUUACAGAGGGCGAAGCAAUCUCAGCAAUUUCCGAGCGUUAUCGCUCUCUUUCAGCAGCAACUGGACGCAGCCAAGAAUGAACUGGCUAACCAUGUCAACUCGAUUGCGCAGCAUCGAUCACUCUCCAAGCAGGCACAUGAUGAUUUUACCUUGACAUUCUCGCAGUCGAAGUUUCAGCCUCAGCUCGAGAACAUACCCGAGAGGGUCGCGAGGCUAGAGUCCACGUUUGAAGGGAUGGCACAACGUCCUGAACCAACCUCCGGUGGGGAGGAUUCAACGAAAGAGAAUAUCGAAACCGGGUCUGCUCAAAAAGGCAUGCGAAACCCAGAUAUCGUUAAACUCGAAGCAAACCUACGCGAAGUGCAGCAUGCUAUUAAUAACCCCAAUGGACUUUCAGAGGUACUGGAGUACUUGAAGAAACUUGGGAACACAGUCGCCCAUCAAUCCAGAAAGAUUGGUCAAUCCACAACGCAAAUUUCACAGCUUGGGGAUGAAGUGAAAGGUGUUGACAAGAGGCUUGAUGACAAGAUUGCUGCGUUUAAGCAGAUGGUGGACAUCGUCGAAGAAGAUUUGAAACUUUCCAACGAGCAGCUUGAGACCAAGAUUUCUGAUGCUAAUUCGAAAUUGAAGACUACGAAUGAGCAGUUUCAAAUCAAACUUUCCUCCAUUGAAAGCGAUCUCCGAUCCCUCGAUACUAGGCGAAAUAAUUUCAAUGAUCGCGCCGGGACUCAGGUUUCACAAAUUGAAACUGAUUUGGAAGCUCAAAGGAAGGAGACCAUGGAGCAGAUCACUGCCCAAGAAAAUCUUGUGGCCUCACUUCGAACCCAGCAACAAAAUAUUGACAACGGUGGCCGAGGUUCAUCAGAAGAAAUUCCAAGGCCCAAUGGCGGGGUGCUUGCAAGAUUAACGUCUCUGGAAAAGAAAAUUCAGGGUCAUGCAGACCUUCUUAACGUUAUCAAGAACCUCCACGAGGAGGUGGAUGUCCUUCGUCUGUCCGAGUUGAAUACUUUCCGCCAGAGUCAAGAGUCGAGCCAAGCAACACUGGAAGCAAGACACGAUGCGACUUUACAAAAGGUGGAGGACCUGGCUAAAAAGUCUGAGGAAACGACCAGGAACCAGACGGAACUCUCCACCGAUAUCAACCAACUUAGGUCGUCCUUGCCAGCGACGUUGGAGCCAUUUCAAAAACAACCUCAAGAUGUGCUGGAUGGAUACGAAAAUGGUCUUGCUCCAGUUGCCGGCCUCACUCAGGCUCUAAAAAAGUGCGAGGAAAAAGUGGAUACUCACGCCAGGGCCAUUCGGUCACUAGAACAACGAUACAGCAACAUCACCACAGGCGACUUAGUCGAUCGUAUGGCAUGUGCCAUGCAGAGAAUGUACCCCUCUGUUGAUCAACUAAGUCGACAAUUGGUGGCCCAUCAAACUGAUAUUGAAGCCAGAAUUUCUGCGCUCAAAACAGACACAGACGCGUUCAAAGCGGACACAGAGAUGUUUAAGGCAGAUACGAACCAAUUCAAGGCAGAUACAGCAAAGGCUCAGGCAGACGCACAAAACGCCCAGGCCAGCGCAGAGAGGUCUCAAGCAACACAGAUGUCACCAGCGCAAUUCCAGACUUUGACUCAAUUGCCAAAUUUGCUUCAACAGGUCAAAGACCUCUCUGAUAAGCUUGUACCGAUCGAGACACUCAUCCAAGCCCACAGUGUCGAAUUGCAGAAAAACCUUGAACUGCGGAGCGAAUUACUCAACAAGGUCAUCGCUCAAGAUGACACUAUCGGAGGCAUUGCUCAAAAGGCCGAUGAGCGCGUGGAAGAGCUCGAAACCCUCACCAUGUCCACGGAACGGAUCGGUCCGUUGAUCGCGGAGGUCAAGGACCAACUCUCGCAAAUACAAGAGGUUCGACAAGAAGUCGACAGAUCAGAAAAAGUGGAUGACGCAGCUCUUGACUCAUUUCGGAAUAAGCUGAAAGACUGCGAAGACCGAAACAAGACGGAUGAUGCAGGUCUUGAGGAACUCCGAGAACAGCUUCGAGACUUGGAAGAUCGGAACGCAACCAAAGAUAACGUUUUUACCGAACUCCAGGAACAGCUGAAAGCCCUUAAAGACCAGAUCCAUCCUGUGUCAUUGGAGCAAUUUAAUGAUCUGAAGGAGAACGUGAACAUGUAUCUCAAACGUCUAAGGACGGCCGAAGACACUUUCAAGGCACUCGGAAAAGAAGUAAUGGAUUCCGAUGCUAAAGAAACAACGGAUUCUGAGACUCACGAUAAACCGAUGGAGCAGCGCAUCGAUGGAUAUGAAAGUGCUCAGUCACAAUCAAAUGGGCGCGCUCUUACUCCAAAGCCUCCUGCAACACCAAAGACAGUCAUCCCCAAGGGCCCUAGUCUGGGUGGAUACCAGCCAGUUCAGCCUCAUGGGAAGGAUCAGGCCAAUAAUUCCACAGUAAGCGCUCAAAAGACAAAACACUCUGCGACGCAAGGUCGACAGCCGUCGCAGGCGCCUAGUGUCACUAGCAACAGUCACACCUCACUGUAUGAUGGCAAACCUGUCGAACCCCGUCAGGUCCAAAAUCUGAAAGGAAAGCGACGAGUACUCUCUAUAAUAGACUCCGAUGAAGAGAGGAGCACACCUGAAUCCUCUUCGGUGGUCGGGUCUUCUCCGGCUUCUAGCUCUUCUGCCCCGGCGCAUUUUGGCCAGGGCCCCAGCAGAAAGGAAAAGAAGAAGGCGAAGAAGAGAGCGGAGCUGGCCGAAGAGAAUUCCAAGGCUUCAAGCAGACCGGGCAAGAAGCGAAAGCGAAGCAAGCAGGAUGAAUGA